CCUAACUAAAAGUCCUAACCUAAAUAUAAAAAGAUAAUUAUCUUUUUAGUUAUGUAUUAAAAAUUCACAAAUAAUUAUUUAUUCUCUUUGUUGUUCUGUACAAGUACUGCUUAUUUACUACUUAAACUGUCCAAUGAAUUUGUAUAUUAAAUCAUUUCGUUCAGGAUUUCUUUCCUCAGAAAUCCAAUUAAAAGAAUGGUUUCGUUUUGCUAGUAAAAAAACUGGGGGUAGUUCUCGAAACCCUCCAGAUAACACUAGACCAAAACAUCGAGGGUGGAAGAGACAAGAUGGACAUUUGGUUGAAGCUGGUACAAUUUUAGUAUUACAAAGACAUCUUCGUUUUCAUCCAGGUCUUAAUGUAGGACUGGGUAGGAAUGGCACCUUAUUUGCAAUAAUUCCAGGGAAAGUAAUGGUUACUUGUGAAAAAGUUGAUCCUGAUUGGGAGCAUACAUGGAUUCAAAGACAUUAUUCACAUAGAAAAGGUCAUGUUUUCUUUAAGAAGUAUUUUAAUGUAAUACCAAAUCCUCAACAUCAGAACUUUAAAUUAAUAGAUACUGUAUAAGAUUUUGUAUGUAAAAUAAU